UGCUCGCGAGAACAGACUUGUCAUGGCGGACUCCGACGAAGGAGUACACGACCUGAAGAAAACUGCUUCCAUAAACCGCAGUGGGAGUAAUAACGGGAAGGAAAUGAAGACCGUUUCCAAAUCCGGGUCACAAACUGUGUCUGACUUAAUCGCCAAAUCGGAAUAUUGUGAAAAACUCCAGGAAUGGAUGUGGCAGUAUUACUGCGGGUAUGUGAGCUGGCAGAGCUGGGUGACCGUGUUUCCUUUUCCUCCUUGUUUUCCAACACAAGCAGCGACUGGGAGCCUGAGAGCGCCAACAUGGGGGGUGGAUUUACCCACCCCAGACCUACAGACCUGGAUUAGUCAUUCUUCUGCUGUCCCUUUUUCUUCAUUUCCGUCUGUUCCUCCGCCCUCUACCACCACGGCUGCUCAUAACGCUAGUGAGAGACAGGUAGAGAUUAAUGGCCAGAGUCAGAAUCUUCCUGUCCCCCAGAACCUGCAGCAAAAUGGAAACGCCCAGCAGCCAGGUCGAGAAUAUUAUAUUCCCUCUCCGCUCCACCGCUUCCUGGCUGAGAUGGUGGACUUCUUCAUCCUCUUCUUCAUCAAAGCAACCAUCAUCCUGAGCAUAAUACACCUGAGUGGAAUGAAGGACAUAUCAAAAUUUGCAUUGCACUUCAUUGUGGAAGAAAUAGAUGAAGACACGUCAAUGGAGGAGCUGCAGAAAAUGAUGCUCGUGGCGCUUGUGUACCGGAUAUUGGUGUGCUUCUACGAGAUUAUAUGUAUUUGGGGAGCUGGUGGAGCCACGCCAGGGAAAUUUGUGCUUGGCCUGCGAGUGGUCACGUGUGACACUUCGGUCCUGGUGCAGCCCAACCGAGUGCGUGUGGUGCCUGCGACUAACGUCAGUCUGUCAGCGUCGACCAUCCGAGCCCUGAACAAAAAUUUCUCCAUCGCGUUUUUUUUCCCGGCGUUUAUCACGCUGCUCUUUUUCCAGCACAACAGAACUGUGUACGAUAUCGUGGCAGGGACUAUAGUGGUCAAGAGAAACAGACUCAGAUGAUGUGUGUGGAUCUUACCUGCUGAGAAAACAACUCCACAUGAAGAACUGAUCCAAAGAACUGCCGGGUCACAGGAAAGAGAGAAAACGAGGAAAUCCUUUGAACGGUCGAAGAGAAAACUGUUUGACAGCAAGUAUUAUUCCCUCCGGGUGCUCGGAGGGAGCGUUUGAAUGGUUUGCUGCAGCUUUUUUUUUAAUGCCAUUGGCAUAUACAAUGUGAAUUUUUUUUUUUUUUUUUUUUAAGAAUUUCAUAACAUGCAGUGAAAUGAGUAUCAUGCAAAUCCCAAUAAGUGUAAGUUUACUUUGCUAAUUACUGUAUUUAGCAUGUUCUGUGUCUGAUCUGAAUAUCAGCAAAGUUUAAACUGGAGUGAAUGCACUCCAAACAAGCAAGUCAGUCCAAAUGAUCUAAACGUGGUACGGCUCUGAAAGACAGAAUAAUGCCAGCGUUACGUUUUUUCCUUUUUUCUUUUUCCAGAACAUUUCAGAUCAAGAUCUUUGCCGCAGUCAUUUGGCAAAACAUCACAGUAUAACAAAAGUUAUAUAUAUAUAUAUAUAUAUAAAAGAAGUUUAUUUUACUGAUUGUGCCUUUUAAUAUAAAUGUGCUAAUAAAUUUCUCCGAUGUGUAAAUUAUGACGUGUAUUUAUUGUUAUAUUAAUCUAGAUUUGAGCUCUUUUGAGAUUUGCAGUGAUUGUGCAAGUCAUCCAAAUGUUGUGCACCCGACCCCGAAAGGUCAAUCCACUACCGUUCGAGCGAAUAGAACAAGAUGACACCACUCAAAGAAUAUCAGGCAAAUACGAACAGCCACAGAGAGACCAGAACACACGCGCACUUUAUCGUUAUUAUUGCUUUGUUUUUUUAUCUGUUCCUUUAUCAAUAUUAUUCUUAUUCUUAUCUAUUCCAUCGGUAAACACAAUAAAACAAAGGCAACCUGAGUGAACACAAAAUACAGUUUUUAAAUGAUAAUGUUAUUUACUGAAGCAAAAAACGUUAUCCGAUACCAACUGGGCCUGUGUGAAAAUGUAUUUGCCAACAUAGUUACUAAUUCCCCAAAUCCAUGAAACUGCAUUCAUAAUGAGGUUCAGCUGGACUAGACGCAACCAGGCCUGAUUACUGAAAUCCCUGUUCAAUCAAAUGUUUA